GGCCGGCGCCAUGUUGGGUCGGUUUGAAUGCGAGCGCGGGCGUCGAGCUGGCCUGUGGCCGCCGAGGCGGAUAGCGGUCCCGAGGAGGGCGGUGUCCGGCUCAGGGAUGCUUUGUCGCGGCGGCGUCCGGUUUGCAGAAGGCCUGGGCUUUCGGCUGAGGGUCUGGAAGUCGCUUUAAAGAGCGUCCUGGGUCGCUGCUGCCACCCCGCCAGCCCCGAUGGGCCGUGGCCCGAUCCAUGGGCGCUCCCUCUGCAGACUGAGCCGGCCUCGGCGGCCCGGCUUCAGAAGUCUCGGCCGCUGCGGUCUCCCGGGCGUUGUUCUUAACUCCCAGAGCGGUCGUUUCCCUUGCACCCUUUGGCACAGUCGUCUGUGUUUUGAAUCAAGGGAGUUGACAUUUCUUGCCCUGAGUUGGCCUCGUUCGACAUGAUGGGUUUCGUUUUGGAGAUUUCAAACCGAAGCGCUCGCGAAGGGGAAUGUAUUUAAUGGAAACAAAGAACUCAUUUUGAGAAAAUCAUGGCAAAAUCAACCCCAAAACACAGGCGUUGUUCUCGGGAGUCUUCAGUUUCCUCUCUCCUGGCAAGCUGCAGCCUGAGUGGCGGUAGUUCCUCCAACUCUGGUGGCUCUUUUCAGUAUAAGGACAAAUUGUACAGUUCGGCUUCUGAGGCGUUACAGGCCUACAUUGAUGAUUUUGAUCUACGCAGAGAAUAUCCUGGAGCGAACCCUGGCAGAGUAAAGACUGGUGGAGCAUCUGGUAACAUGCCACGGUUUUCCAGCUAUGUGCAUAAACCGACCAAUGCUUUUGAAAACCUUGAUCACAAACAGCACUUAAACUCCUUGGCCUAUAGAAGGGAGACAAUUACUGAUAUGGACACCAUCAGCCUUACAACUGAUGAUUUGUUAAGACUGCCAGCGGACGGCUUUUUUUCCUUCACUUGUGUUGCCCCUGGUCAUCGACCAAGCAAGAGAAACAAGAAAUACAUUGGUAGACCAGAUUCGUCGGACGUUAAAAAGAAGCCAAGUUUUCAUGUAGCCUCUACUCCCAAGAGCAAGGAUAAUGUACUUACUCCUGAUGUAUAUACAGAUGUAAAUGGAAAGAAAUGUGGUAGGCCCAGAACCCCCAAACCUGUGACUAGAAAUAAUAAAUGUGUUUUGGAGUCAUCUUUAUCCUUUCCUAAGGAAUCAUCUUUCAAGGACAGUUCAAAGUAUGGUCCUGAAAAGAACUAUCCAAGAUGGCUCACGAGCCAGAAAUCUGAUCUUAAUGUCUCAGGGGUAACUAGUAUUCCUGAUUUUAAGUAUCCAAUUUGGCUCCACAGUCAAGACCUGCUACCUGAUGGAAGUAGUCAGAGGGUUUCUAAGUUACUUAAUGAAGAUGCAUAUUCCCCCAGGCAUAGUCACCAGACACAAAGAACUCCUCCGCCUACAGAUAAAGUAGAUGGCUUUGAAUAUUCUUUUCAACCUCCAAACUUUACAAAUUCCUUCAGUGAGAAUAAAGGAUUAGUUAAUGAAUAUAAAUAUGAUCCUGAAAAUAGCCAGUGUCAGUGUGAGAAUCCACUUCUCCCAGGACAAUCCCCAAAGCCGUUCUGUGGUGACAAAAUCGAAUUGCUUAUCCUGAAGGCUAAGAAGACUCUCAGGCAGCCUCCUGACGACUUACCAAAGCCUGUGGCAAAGGAUGACAGCCCUUGCUCCUUAGAUAAACUUGAAGCAGAACGAUCAUGGGAAAAUGUCCCUGUUACUUUCAAAUCUCCUGUCCCUGUUAAAGCUGAUGACAGUCCUCAGCAAAGUUCGAGAACGCAGUGUAUCAGUGAGAUUCUUGAGGACGAUUUAAGUGAUGGGAAGCAGAGCUCUACCCUAUCUGGAGGCAAACAUCAUGGUCCUGUUGAAGCCUUGAAACAAAUGUUAUUUAACCUUCAAGCAGUACAAGAAAGUUUUAAUCAGAAUAAAAAUACGGAGCCAAAAGAAGAGAUUGAACAAGUAUCAGAGGAUGAUUUCUCUAAACUACAAUUGAAGGAAAAUAUGCUUCCGAUUACUAGGUCUCUUCAAAAGGCCUUACAACACUUAUCACGCCUGAGAGACCUGGUCGAUGACACCAGUGGGAAACAGUCACCAAAACUGUGAAGCGGGGAUAAAGCUUUAACCACGGUCAACAGUCGCCAUGCAACUCAAUAUGUACUGUUACUGUCACAUUAACAAAGUAAAUAUAAGCCAUAUAUUUUUCUGUGGCUACAUCAAGUGUAUUUCUAAAAAUCUAAACUUGGAAUAUUUAUAGGCCUAAUUUUAUAUAGAACUGGAAAACACUAAGGUAUGUCCUGAAGUAUCACUUGGGUGUUCUGACCAGAAAAUAUUUAAUACUCAAAAGUGGACAGUUUUUUCCUGCCAUUGACAGUCUCAUCAUUUGUCAUUUAGCCCUUUGUUUGAUGUUAAGGAGCUCUUUAACCUUUAUCCUAAUAUUAUAUUUGUGUGUAUACUAAAUAUAUUUAGCAGUUUAAGGAAUACCUUAAAUUGUUGUAUCAUAUGGGAUUUUGUCACUUCUAAACUUUCAUAAAUUUAAUAUUUAAGAUGUUAUAUUUGUAAAUGACAUUGAUUUCUAAUAGUUGGUGACUCCAUGCUACUGGAAUGUUUUUUGAUUGUGAUACCACAGAACCUUCCUAUUUAAUUAAUUCUUCUGAUUCUUUGUAGAUAAUCUUGAUAAUACUUAACAGUUCACACAUCAUUUUAGGGUAUAUUUGAGAAUUUUAUAUUUGUUAUGUGAUUAUUGUCUAGCUUUUAGUUUUGGAUUAAUUCCAAUCUCUUUAAAGCUGUAAUUUUAUGACAAAUAUAAAACUAAACAAGAAAUGAGUGUGGGAAAUCCAGAAACGAUUGUAAUGGAAAGCUCUUUUCUAGAGUUGUCCAAAUUUGUCUCUAGAUGGAACUGAACAGAGCUGUGUUUUGCAGUUUCUACUAGUGAGUAUUAAUGUUUAUAAGUAGGAAACAUCUGCAUCAAUGACACAUAACUAGUGCAUUUAAAAUGAUGAAAUUAAAUAAUGCGUAUGUAUAUGGUCAAGUACUACAAGUUAACAUUUACCAAAUGACCGUCUCUUUAAUAAAUAAAUUUAUUGUUAUAUAGAAUUUUUAAGCGCAUAUGGCUAAAGCUAGUAAGGCACCAUUUAACAUCAGAUGCUAUAGAGUAGACCCUAUCUUUUGUGUUCCCUAGCCAACGAUGUUUCCCACCUAUUUAUCUGAUUGACUAGUUUGAGAAGCUUUUACCAGUAGAGUUGUUAGCACUAAGAAGAUCACUUUGCUGCUGACAUUAUAUUUUGUUACAAAUUCUACUGGGUAGAAAAUGGCUGAUGUAACUAACUAUACAAUUACUUUGUAGAUUAAGUUAUGCCUGGCUUUUAAAAUGAAGAUUGUAACAGGGUUAUGUCAGGAAGGCCUGGGAGAGUCAUUUCACUGUAGACAAUUUCUAAAGAGAAAUCUGAGCUGUAAGUUACAAUUACGUAUUAAUUAUAUAUUUGUCAUACAUUGUUGUAGGAGGCCACUUAUUUAUUCCUGGCUGCUCAGCCCUGAAAUAAUCACACAGAAACCAUAUUAUUUGCAGUCCUGUUUGGCCAAUAUCUUAAACCUAUUUAACUCAUACAUCUUAAUUUAACCCAUCUCUUUUAAUCUGUGUAUUGCCACAAGGCUGUGGCUUACAGGGUGAAGUUCCAGCAUCUGUCUCUGGUGGGGCUACAUGACUUCUCUUUACUCCACCUUCUUUCUCCCAGCAUUCAGUUUAGUUUUCCCUGCCUAGCCCUACUCUAUCCUAUCACAGGCAAAUUCCUUAUUCAUUAACCAAUGGUAUUCACAGCAUACAGAGGGAAUCCCACAUCACCUCUCCUUUUCUGUUUAAAUAAAUAAGAUAUAGAGGUGAAUACGUUGCAUUUGUAUGGAUCUUGGUUUUUGAUACAAAUUUAGAAAUAUAUAUAUUUCUGCUCUUGAUUAAGGUAUUGUGUUUAUACAGCUCAUUUAAUAGAAAAUCAUCUAUAAUAGUCAAGAUUGUAGUCACAUUUGUUAGGUUUUUUAGAUGUAAGAGAUAUAUUUCAGCUAGAUAGAUAUUCUUCAAAAAAACCUUUAGAAUAUGGCAUUUAAAUGUUCUAAGAACUUAAGAUUUUUCAUGACAGUGAGACACAUCUGCUCCUGGCAGCACCAAUCUACUUCAAGAGGAUGAUGACCAUCAAAGAGGCUCCUUAAUGGAGUUGGUUAGCCAUUUGGGCAAGAAACUGCUCUUUCCUGGACUGCUUGAUGGUAUGCUGUGUGAACUGAAUAUGUAAAACCCACAGGGAAAUGACUGCUGAACUUGCCUAAAGGUUGAGAUGGUCCUUUGGGGUUGCUGCUUCAUGAAAGAGUCUGUUAGACAUUCUGCAGGACACAGAAAAAAGUGACUGACAAACUGCCAAUAUAGGUGAAACUGUAUUUAAAGUUUCCUGCUUUAUGGAAAAGUCUGCCUGAUACUAUGGGCCUGUAGGCUGAAGAUGAAUGCCCUAAUGGUACAGAAGAACUUUGGGUGACUGUCCAGGCAGCGAUGUCUCCAUUGAUUCUAGAGUUUUGGAAGUUGCUUAGAAUGCAUUUCCUGCUUACUUAAAUAUUAUAUCCUUCUGGAAUCUUUGAUGGAGUUGAAAAUAUAUAUAGUUUUCCUUAGUUAUGAUAAAAGAUAAAGUAGAUCUAAAUAUUGUAACUGUAAUUCUUGCUUGAUACAUCUUUUGUUAAGUUAAUUUUUCUGUGUUAAAGUUAAAACCUUCCUUUUUAUUUAAACAGGAAAGGGGAAGUGAUGUGGGAUUUCCCUCUGUAUUCUACACCAUUGGUUAAUAAGAAAACUGUCUUGGCCUGUGAUAGGCCAAAAGAGUAGAGGUAGGAGGGGAAAACUAAUCUGAAUGCUGGGAAAAGGAAGGUGGAGUAAAGAGAAGCCAUGUAGCCCCUACGGAGACAGAUGCCAGAAUUUUACCUGGUAAGCCACAGCCAUGUGGUGAUACAUAGAUUAAUGGAGAUGGGUUAGCUAGAAAUAUGCUUAAACUAUUGGUCAAAAAGUAUUACAAAUAAUAUGGUUUCUGUGUGGUUAUUUCAGUUCUGGGCAGCCAACAACAAACAAGCAGCCUCCCACAACAACACUUGAUAUAUACCAUUGCUGCAGACGUCAGUGAAGACAUGGUGCUGAAAUGACUGACUAGCCUUCACUGUUCCCUUCUGCAAGAACAUAUCCCAAAUACUAGAUAUAACCAGCUCAUUCUAAAAUUAUGUUACAACUUAUAUUUUAAAGCAGUUAGUUACCAAAGGAGCAUUGCCUUUUACUUUUAUAAUAUCCAUGAAGAAAGGUAUAAAAGUUAAUAAAGGUAAUUGAACCAGUUAUUAAUCCCAACUUUAAAAUAUAUAUAGGUGAGGCAACUGAAAAAUCCAAAUGUUUAUGAAAUUCUGCAAAAAAAGCCAUUUAGUCACAUGUAUAAUUGAUAUUUCAGAUUUUUCUUUAGAGAUUUUGGAGGAAAAUGUCAAUACAAAGAUUGCUGAAUUGAGAAUUUAAAGUAGAUAAUGAAAAAAGUUAGAUUUUAAAACUGUGUUAUAAAUGUAAAAUUGUAUCCGUUCAUCCACUCUUAAAUUUUUAAGGUAUAUUGGGAAAAUGAUAAAUAGGAAAAAGGAAGGCUUCAAAUUUCUGAGCAUAAAAGAUUUUAAAAAUCAAAGGGUAUGAUGGGGUGUAGUGGUGCAUGCCUUUAACCCCAGCCCUCGGGAGGCAGAGGCAGGCUGAUUUCUGAGUUCGAGGCCAGCCUGGUCUACAGAGUGAGUUCCAGUACAGCCAAGGUGUGCAUAAUGAAAUGAUGUCUUUUAAGGACAAGAGAGCAAAAAAGUCAAAGGGUAUGGAAAGAUGGUUCUAAUGGUUCUGUUGAUAAAAUGCUUGCUACUCAUGCUUAACUCAUGUUAAAAAAAAACCAAAAAACAAAAACCAGAAACAGAAGCCAAACAUGGCAAAGCACACUUGAAUUCCAACCUUGGAGGGACAGAGAGAAGAGGACUCCUACAGCUUGCUGGCCAGUUCUGUAGUCUAACGAGUGAGUUCCAUGUCAGAGAUACUUUCUUAAUAAGUAAGGGAGACAGACCUUCCUGCAGCAUGACACUAGGUUGUUCCCUGGCCUCCACAUCUGCAUAUGCUCACAUUCAAGAUAAUUUCAAAAUAUUUGACAUCAGGAAUUAAAGAUUUGAACAAAAUGCAGUCAAGACUGAAAUAUCUCUCCUCAGUAUCAGUAUUAACUCAUCAUUCAGCUUUCCAGAGAUUUCUGACUAAAUUGAGGAGCUGUCUUCAUGAAUUUGCUUUGGGAUAUGUUUCUGUAGUCAGGUUAUUUCAUGGCAAAACUUGUAAGUUAGGGGGUUUUCUUGUGCUUACUAUUUUGCUAUUUUGUACUUAAUGGAUUAGGCUGAUAUCUUAUCACAUGCAUUUAUAAAAUAAAAUUCUCAAAAAUUGAAGCGAUGACAGAGGCCCUAAGUUCGGUUCUAGGCACCCAGGUUGGGCACCUUAAGACCAUCUGUAAUCCAGUUUCAAAGAACGCAGUGCCCUCCUGAUCUCCGACAGCCCCUACACACAUACGGCGUUCACUCAUACUGUCAGACACAGUGAAAAUACCCAUCUUCCUCAUGACAAUUAUUUUUCCUGUGCUUUCAAUAUAUAUUUAAUUUUUUUUCUAUUCCACCCUUCACAGUAUAUUACAAAUAAAUAGGUUUACAAAUAAACCUAUUUGGUGGAACAAGUGCUGCCAAGCACAGGGUUGACACUUGGGGUUUUAAAUUCUCAGUUUGGACAGUCACAAGUUAUGGAGCCACCAUUACCCUAAGUAUCAUGGGAUUUCCCCCUUCAAGUCCUCUGUACAUCCUGUUAUCACCUCCACCCCUGCAAAGCCAUCUUAAAAUGAGGUAAAUCAUACCCACUUCAGCCUUAUUUCCUUUUAAUAUCCUACUGAUCUUUAAAUAGAAUCAGAAGUUUUCUAACUAUUAUAGCUAGACAUAGCCAUUCUGCUUACCUGAGCUCUGAGCACUUGGGGGAUUUAAAGGUUUUUGAUACUUUGCAUUUUACUAGAUAAGCAACCCAUUUUUCAAAUGUAGAAAUAAAGGAAAGUCUAUUUUUCAUAUCUGGCUGUCUUAGUUACUCUGUCUAGCCGUGAUAGGGUGUCCAAGGCUGGGCAAUUCAUCAAGUCCUUCUCUAGUUCUUGAGGGCGAAAGGUCAUCAAAAUGCCACCAUCCCUAGCUGUCUUUCUGUUGAGGGCUGCUUUGCUGCCAAGAUGGUGCCUGGCCGCACUCUCCAGAGAAGAGGAAUGCUGUGUCUGCAUGUAGCAAAUGAUAGAGCACAAAAGGAACUAAGUUGCUUAUGUCAAGCAAGCCCUGUGAUAAGG